UCAGAAAGUGGUGGUGAAUUUGAUGAUGCUGGACGAUGGAACUGCAGCAAAACAAAAUGCAGACUGCCCAAACUUUCCUUACGGACAAAGCUCUCUCUCUCUCUCUCUCUCUCUCUCGCACACACACACAAUGGGCCCAGCAAUCCUACCCCAACUGUCACGUAUUCUUCUACUGUCAGCCAACAACAUUGUAAAGCUUUCUCCUCUCCCUUUCAAUACCUCACCACCACUUUUCUCAGUCUUUAAUGGCUGCCCCAUUUGAGAAAUUCUGCAUAGAAAAAUAAAGGGUCGGUGCAAGAUAAGCAUCUGAGCCUCUCUUUUUGGCUGUCACAAAGAUGCCACAUGGUAAAAGACUAAAAGUCUUUGUUUUUGGUAGAAGUUGCUGAAAAAAAAUCAUCUGGGCGUGUAUAGGAAGCUUUAUAUUUUGGAAAUCUAUAGGGGUCAAACUGGGGUUCUCUUUCGGUUCCUGAAGCUUUGACAUUGGGUGGAGUUUUUGGGAGAAGCUUUGGAUCCUGACUUUGCAAAUUGGAGGAUUUGAGCGUUUCAAGCUUGUGGAGAUCAUUGGAAUUUUUACUUUUCCAUUCUGUAUUGUUCUUUUAGCGGCUUAAGCAUUAGCAAUUAAAUUAGUUUUUGUAGAGCGAAAGUAAACAAAUUUCCAGAAUCAAUCCAAUUGUGCUCAAGUCCCCAAAGUUGGAUUGAACUGACGGUUAUGAGAUUUGGGUUUCUCAGUUUCAGAUAAAGGCUUUUGUCUCCCUGAAGGUUGGGAUUGCUAAUGGUAGAGGGGAUAAAGUUAUCUCAAAUGGUCAUUUCUUUGAAGGGAAGAGCAGAUAAAUGGGAAGUUUGAGCGUUUGUAAAGUAUGUGAGGAGCUGUUUAAGGCUUAUGGGUGAAAAAAGAAGGCUUUGAUACCUUGCCAUCCAAAGCAAGCCUUAGUGCCAUGCUCUUUACUCAGUUGAAAGCGUGAGGAGUUGAAAUUGGAAUCUGCUUGUUUUUCUCUGGGAGAUUUAUCCGACUGCAAUUGCUAUUCAUUGACAUACUGAAUUUAAAAGCUCUAUAUUUGAGGUUUAAUGUGGCCAUUACCAGUGUGUAAUUUUUAUUAAAGACGAAAUAAACUUCAAGGAUCACUCGGUCAUUAUGGGGAAGAGGUCCCAAAGACUCCCACUGCGGUAUAGAAAAGAUCAGUCAGGCUGUAUGUGGGGCUUGAUCAGCAUCUUUGACUUCCGCCAGGGUCGCUCAACUCAGAGGCUGCUUUCAGAUAAGAGUCGUGGGAGCAGGCAUGACACCGACGCUGGAUAUUCAAGUAACAAGUUUGAGGUUUUGACCAUCUUGGAUGGCAAUAAUCAAGGCACCCUUGAUGGUAAAGAGAGUACAACACCUGUAGGUAAGCCUAGUGUGAAGAAACUAAUGGAAGAGGAGAUGUUCAUUGAGCAGGACCUGAAGAAGAAGAAUAGCGAUGCUGAAGUAGAACCAAAACCUAGUAAAUUGGGACAUGAGAGCAACAUAAAGACCGACCACAAGAGAACAAAAAAGACUCGCAAGAAAAGCUGUGAUAUGGACAACCAUGACUUGGAUGCUUUGAAAAACUUGGUAUCAGAAUGCUCUUGUAAUGAGUAUGCAGGGAAACAAUCAAUAGAAAAUAAUCGCAUAGAUGAUAUAAUGGAAGAGUUCUGCCGCUGGAUCCAUCAAAAGAGUUUAAGUUCCAUGGAGCAUGAUCAGGAUGAUGAAGUUCAAAUGCCAUCAAACCAGAAGCAGUUUGAUUUUGACGGAUUGAGAGAGGAAAUAAAGGACCUUAUAAAUCAGAAGUCUGUUAAUGUGAAACAUCACAAAGAAUAUGGGAAAAUCCACCACUCCAAAGGAGUUGUUGGUGGUCUUGAGGUUUUAAGUUCAGAUGAGGAAUUGUUUCAGAAACUGGUGCAAGACCCAGACUCGCUGAUGGCGAAAUAUGUUCUAAAGUUAAAGGACACUCAGAUAGAGAAAGGCAAAGAACCCAAGUCAGUUCCUGAAUCCAACUUGUCAGAUCUGGAGCUCAGUGGCUUAAGACAAGCUAAGGAGGGUGUCGAUCAUAAGCAGCAGCGUAACUAUUUUGGGAGAAAAGUCAAGUCUCAGGAAAGAAGCCCGUCAAAACAAAAUGGGAAUCCUGAAGCUUCAAAUAGAAUUGUUAUUUUGAAGCCUGGACCGGCAGGCUUGCGAAAUUCUAAAACUGAAUUUGGUGCUGGCUCAUCACCCGAACCGCAUUGCAUUGUUGGAGAUAAAGCUUCAACUGAGAGAGUUGGUGCACUCUUUUUUCUUACUGAAAUUAAAAGAAGGUUGAAAAGUGCCAUGGGAAAGGAAUGGAGUGGAAUCUCUACAAUUUCUGUUUCUAAUAAUUUUCCUCAAGAUCUUCCAAGUUUGAGAGAUAGUAACACGGAAAUUGAUAAAGAAAACACUGGGAAAAGUUCUCCAAGUACAGAUCGUUUCUAUACGGAAAGAAUUGUUGGGCCUGCUGUUGGCGUUAACAAAGGAGGCGUGACUGGCAAACUGAAAGAUCCUGAAAUAAGCAUGGAACAUGAAACUGAUGGUUAUCCCAAGCAAAGGGUAUCUAAUAUCUAUGUUGAAGCCAAGAAACAUCUAUCUGAACUGCUGAGCAACGGGGAUGAAGGUGUAGAUUUUUCAAGCAAACACGUUCCUAGAACCCUUGGCAGGAUUCUCUCUCUUCCUGAGUACAACCUGACUCCCACUAGCAGUCCUGGAAGGAACUGGGAGGAUAAAUUCGUAACUUCUCAGAUGAGGAUUUCUGCCUCGGAUAAACUUCAGGAGGUCAGUUCAAACACAUGGUCUCCGAAAAGAGAAAUCAUUGUCAGCCAUCUAGAUCAGGCAACACAAAACCUGGAGAGUGAGUUGUCUAUUUCUGACAGCCCUGUUAAUAGAGUACUAGCUCUUAGCUCAAAACCAAGUCCCCCAGAAGAUCAUUUUUAUGGUAAUGGAGAGGAAGGAGCCUUUGUUUCCAUUAGUGAUGAGAUGAGUCCUGAAGGUGCUGUAGUGAUUGGGAAAUCAACUGACAUUGUAGUUCAGGGAGAGAUCAGUGUACUGUAUGCUCCGCCUGAUUCAAGUAGCUCUUCAGAUACCAGAGAUGAUCUAAAUGCUGAAACAUCUGAAAUUUGUGAUGAUUCAGAAUUUUGUGAAAGCUUGAAACAGGAAUCAUAUGAGGAGAAGCAAGUGUCAUCUCCUCCAUUAGUAUCCCCUUACAACUCUGUAAUCAACCAGAAAGCUGAAAAUCUUGAAAGUGCUGUUGAUAUACCAGAGCGGCCAAGUCCUGUAUCUGUUCUUGAGCCGCUAUUUACAGAGGAUGAAAUCAGCCCUACCAAGUCCACAUCCCCAUCUGUCAAGCUACCCCUGCAACAGAUUCAAUUUGAAGAACAAAACUCUUCCACUGCAAGUGAAGUUAACUGUGCAAAAUCAUGCAUGGAAGACAAGGAAGUCAUAUUUGAAUACGUCAAAGGAGUGCUGCAAGCAUCUGGAUUGAACUGGGAUGAGUUCUGUGUGAAGUGCCUUGCUUCAGACCAGCUUCUUGACCCAUCAUUGUUUGAUGAGGUAGAGUGCUUUCCCAACCAGCUUGGGUAUAACUGGAGGCUCCUUUUUGAUUGCACUAAUGAAGUUCUACUGGAGAUUUGUCAGCACCAUUUUGGUUGCUGCCCUUGGGUAUCAUUCAUAAAGCCUAGCAUAAGGCCAGUUCCAAACAUGAAAAAUAUUAUUCAUGAGGUCUGGGAAGGAGUACAUUGGCAUUUCCUACCACUGCCUCUGCCUCAUACUCUGGACCAAAUUGUCAGAAAAGACAUGGGAAGAAUGGAAACAUGGAUGGAUCUUCAUUUUGACAUUGAUACUAUUGGUGUUGAAAUGGGUGAAGCAAUUCUUGAAGACUUAAUGGAAGACAUCAUAUUAGGCUGUGCAAAUGAAAAUCAAGAGAGUGAGUAUACUUCCGUUCUAACUGAGUUGGAAAAUGGAAACAGCAUCAGCUUGUAGAAGACAAUCAACUUAUUUGCAUUCAUGCCAUACAUUGACCCACACUGUGUCGAGGUGGUGAGAAAGCAAGUUGUUUCAACUUUCUUGUCCAUCAGGGAAAAGAGAUGGCAUUCACAGAUUUGGGAGGGACCUUUGGACAUUCUUGGUAUGAUUUGACUUGGCUUUUCUUAACUUUUCCACAGAAAUCCUGUAGAUAUCUUACAAUCGUCAACGUUAUAUAACUAUCAUUGAAGAGCCUUCAUAGAUGGAAAUCAUAAUUCGAAGGAUCCUUCAGGGGUGAGGAUCAGAAAAUCCAGUUUUCAAACUGCGGCCUGCAAGAAUACAAAUAAUGACUGCUUUCUGUGGCGAUUUUUAAGUGAUACAAGAGUAAAAUUUGGAUCAAGUUUGCAUCUGACCCAGUAACAAUAUAGGUGUACUGGUAGUAGAUUUGUAGCAUUUGAUGGGUGUUUUUGAGUUUGUUUGAUUCUAUUCAUUCUUCUUUGGGCUCAGUUGUCUUUAUUUUCAGAUGUGUUUCUUUAUUUUCUCUGUUUUGCUGCUGUAUUUACCAAGGUAUUGUGAUUUGUAACUAAAUGAGUGUAGCAUAAAACAAGGUGAAGUGACUACAAAUUAGGAUCUGUGUUCACUAUUCACCACACAAACCGAGUGUUAUGCAAUGGAUUGCUGGAAAUAAUACAUCAAAAUAUGAAAUGGUUGUUCCA